AUUUCUUGAUCUUUCAAUCUGUGAAGAUAGUCGAUUGCUCGCGAAAUGGCAGACUAAGAGGUCUCCUUCGUGGAUAUUCGGCGCAAUGCCGUUCUUGCAACCACAGAGAGCCACGUGGUGCGAACGGCGGAUAGAGGCUUGCAAACGAAAUGGCUGGCGACACGCUGUAUACUCCCCCGCGACGAAACGUAUUGCCAAAGCGCAUUACAAGGGUGAAUGGAGAAACGAUAAGAGAGACGGCAAAGGCAUAGGAGUCAACAGCCACGGCUGGAUGUACGAAGGUGACUGGUAUAACGACCUGAGGCAUGGUUACGGCGUUCUCAGUAAGAUGACAGAAGCUGGCGACGUGUGCAAGGUGUACGCCGGUGACUGGGCGAAGGGGCGGAGGCACGGAUUCGGAAGUAAUUGGUACAAGGACGGCAGUUACUACGAGGGCAUGUUCCGGGAGAACAAGCGGAAUGGUUACGGCCGGAUUUGGUACAAGUGCGGCAGCGGUUAUUACGAGGGCAUCUGGCUGAACGAUCGUUACCACGGAGAAGGGAUGUUCGUUCAAGAAAACGGUAACGUUUACGAGGGUCAGUUCGCAAAUGGCAAGAGGGAAGGUCGGGGCGUCUUCUAUCACUCGGACAGACGUCAAGUGCAGAAGGGUCGUUGGGAGAACGACGUCUGCGUGAGCAGCACGAUAGAGGACGUCGACUGCCGACAGCCAGCUUUAUGAUCCGACAUUACGCAUUCCAAGGAUAACGAACGACCGCGCGGCGAUACGCUCGUAAGUGCGUUGUUGCGUCACGGUCACCUCAUUUACGUCUCUCCUCGGAUCAAUCUGAACAUGUACACGCAUAGCGUUUUCACUGGCCUAUCACGCGCGCACGCGGCACGGAACGGAAAAAUAUAAUUGCGUGCCUGUGAUUUCGUACGUACGUACUUUUUUUUUUAUUUUGGCAAUCGCUCCCACGCGCCCCAACGCGUUUCGCGCGCGCGCCAAACGAUAUAUACAAUAAUUGGAUAUUGACGUUCCCGUGAAAUUCAUCCGCGAAUCUGUUGAAAUGUAAUAAUCUCGAGCGAUAUCGCGUCAUCAUCCGAGUCGCCGCUUUUCCGAUAUUUCGCUCCCUAUUUUUUUUUUAUUUUUUUUUUUACGGCAGUCGCAACACGUAUUACACGUAUUUAAGAAUAAUGUACCUGGCGCGCCGAAGAAUAAGAAGAAAUUGCUGCGUAUUUAAGAAAAGGUAUCGACUUUCGUGUGUUCGACCGACGGCGAGUUUACGUAGCAGAGCGUAUAUUGCACGUGUAUUGCCGAAACAUGUCUUGGCAUAAACGUGAAACACACUUAAGAACUGUAAAGUCGAUUGCGUUUCUCGGAUAAGCACGUUUUUCAAGAUAAGUACAUUCGAGUACAUCCGCCAGUCGCGUCAUCUCUCUCGAUAAUUCAGGCUAUUGUAUAUUAUCGCUUUUUGAGCGCUGCGCACAGAGAUGACACGCGGGUCUCGUAAUAUCCUUAAAACAUACUAUUCUUCCUACCUUUUAAGUCGCGACGCGAAUGAAGG